AUGCAGAACUCCAAUUUGAACAAUUUGAACCAUUUUGAAGGGUUUAUGCCCAUUCAUACUAUCUUCUAUUCAAUUUUCCAUCCUACUGAAGGUACCAAAGUUUGCUAUGAGUUUCCCCCAAAGAACCUCUCCAAUUUCCAUAUUAAUUUUGACACGAUUAAGAACUAUAUUAUACCCAAAAACCAGCUAUGUAACAGGUUAUUGACGUUCAAAUACGAAAAUUAUAGAAUUGUGUCUUAUCCGAUCACGAUAAAUGCACCAUAUUAUGCUAGAAACUUCUUUAGUUUCAAUUUUGUCUUUGUAUUUCCCUAUGAAUGCGAAACGUCUCCUUAUGAACCUUCCAUUGCACGUCUAGGUAAAAUGUUUAAGAUUCUGGAGGAACAAAGUCAAAUAUUAUCAAAGGCUGAAAAUGAUCCCAUUUAUUUUAAAUCUGAUUACGUACCCACCGAACCAACUACUACUAUAAUACCACAGAUAUCACCAUCACAUAGGAAUAAACGAAAUAAUGACCAUAAUGACAAUAACGAUGGUAGUCGGUUCGAAACAGAUUUCUUUGGUGAGGAAGAAGAUGGUGUGACAAAAUUUUCCGUGCAAGAUUUAAUAAUGAGGAUAUAUCAAGAUCUGAAUAAUUACUCGGAGUGUCUAAUACCCAUUGACAAGGGUAACGAUAUAAACAUCAAGGUAUUCCCCUUACUAAAACCUCCACCGAACCACUUAAUAUCUUUGGAGGAUGUUCCUAUGUCUCUAAUAAAUUUGAAUAACGUUAUUGAUGUCAAUUGGGAUCCAACAAUGCUAAACAUUGUGCCUUAUAUUAAUGGUGUAAACGACAUAUCUAAAAUUGCUAAAUUGACAAAAGCCGAUCCAUUAUUGGUCAUCGAAUGCAUAAAGCAUUUAGUAUAUUAUAAUUGCGUAAUAAUAACAGAUAUUUUCCAGUUUUCAAACGUAUAUGCUCCAACAAGUUUAAUUUGCAGCUUUCUUACAGAUCAAGAAAUGGCUACUCAAUGUCAAAACUACGUCGUACUCCCAAUUGGGUCGAAAUUAUCACACCUUCCUUUUGAAAAUAACGGUAAUAAACAACCAUCAACACCUAAACAUUCACGGACGACAUCACUAAGCUCAUCAAUGAGUGGCUCUGUCAAUUCUCAUGAGCACAGCUACAUGGAUACAAUUCAGAAAUCUGAGACAUCCUUAUCACUUUCCAGUACAGAUCCAAAUAAUCCUCAUUUCGAGUUGGCACAUUUACCUACAAAGGCGUGUCUAUUUGACCUUUACAGAUCUUUAUCAUAUGGAGUCACUCUAAGGAGUUGGUAUCAGUCAAAUGCUACAAUUAUAACAGAAAAUAAUGUUGAUGUCAGGAAAUUCAUAAAAUUUGGGAUCAUUAGAGGCUUAAUUUAUAGAUGUCAUUCAUACCCUAUACCGCAACGACCAAGUAAUGAAGGUAUACAACGAAUAGAACGUUUAAAUGAUAUUGAUGCGCAUCGUCUUCAAAUAAGAAGUAGUGGUAGUGCAGCAAGAUCAAAUUCAGGUUCAGGUUCAGGCUCUUCUGCUUCACCAUCUUCAAUCAAUGUGGAUGGUGCUGAUGAAUUAUUAAAGAAUGUCUACAAGAAACUAGAACGUCAUUCGAAAGUAUCAUUUAUGGAUAAGGAAAAAAAUGAAAGCAUGAAAACAGAUGAAAAAGGAAGACCUUCAACAAUGACGAAAGAGGAGCGAUCAGUACUAUUAAAAUCGAUUGAGAGCUUAGAGAAUUUGGAUAAAAUAUGCGUGAAAUUAGGUAAAUCACGUCAGCAAGUGGAAAGAUGGUUGGAUGAAUUGGGUAACUAUAAGAUAAUUACUUGCUAG